AUGGCAACUCCUAUCGCCCGCUCAACCCUGAUCUUCGUCGUUCUCGCUGGAUGUGCGACUUUCGCCUGUGCUCUAUCGCCCAUGCCUCUCUCGCCGUUUGACGAGGCCGUUCAGAAGCUGAACAACUCGGGUUACACCAGCUUCGUCUCCCUCGUCAGCGCUUAUGGCAAGAUGAAGCAGGUCAAGGCGGCUCUUUCCAAGCCGCUCACCAUGCUCGUCCCCAGCAACGCGGCCAUCGCCAAGGUCAAGAUAACGAGCUACUCUACAGCGCAGCUCUCCACGCUCGUCAUGUUCAACGCCAUCAAAGGCGUCAUGCCCUUCCAGAAGCUGCGAAGCCUCGCGAAGAAUGCGACGCUCGCGACGCUCUCCACGGACCUCAAGUCCAAGAAGACGCUGAUGCUCACGAAGCUCUCCCCGCCCAAGGCGCGUUGGGUGGCGAUGCAGGGCAAGCGCGGGAGCAAGCUGAUGAUCACUAAGGGCGACUUUUACCUAAAAGUGGGAAAGCUGGCCCGUGCACACGACGGACGCAAUUGUGUUUCCCGCUGGAAUGAAGUGACGCGACCAUGA